AUGCUGACAUGUAUUGAUCGCUUUACUCGGUGGCCGGUUGCUGCGCCCAUUCCGGACAUCAGUGCUGAAACCGUUGCGAAAGCUUUCUUGAAUCAUUGGGUGUCCAAUUUUGGAGUUCCUGCGACUGUCACGACUGACCGCGGAUCCCAAUUCGAGUCCACGCUGUUUCGCGAACUCACAUCCCUUCUCGGUACCAACCGAAUCCGAACAACAGCGUACCACCCUCAAGCAAACGGUCUCGUCGAACGUUUCCAUCGACAGCUGAAGACUUCCCUUAUGGCCCAGCCCGAUCCUUCCCGGUGGUCUGAUCACCUUCCCCUGGUGCUGUUGUCCCUUCGUUCCACUCUCAAGGCCGACAUUGGUUGCACUGCGGCUGAUCUUGUCUACGGAACCUCCCUCCGACUGCCCGGUGAGUUAGUGUCCCCCUCAAACAUGCUAACGUUUUUUGAGCCUUGCAGUUAUGUGGAGCAGCUGCGUAGUGUCAUGCGCAAUCUCCGCGCAACGCCCCCUCGGGCGUCACCGGCCAAUUCCUUCAUCCCUCCCGACCUAGAUAAGUGCAAUUUCGUCUUGGUUCGGCAUGACGCUGUCCGACGACCACUCCAACCACCCUAUGACGGGCCGUAUAAAGUCCUUCGUCGAUCUGACAAAGAUGUUGUCAUCGACCGCAACGGCAAGACCGACACAGUCAGCAUUGACCGCGUCAAGCCGGCGUUCAUCGACGACAGUGACCAUUCCUCACCCCAACACUGCACCCCGCAGCAAACACUGAUGCAUCCACCUACUAGCGACAGCCCCCCUCCGGUUCGCCGCACACGAUCUGGUCGUCACGUCCACUGGCCCGACAGGUUUGUGGCUGGCUAG